GCUAAUAAUACAAAGCGAAUUUAUUUUGUGAUGAAUUAAUAAUUUUAUUUAGAUUUUAGACUCUCUCUCUUCCUCCUCUACACAGAGUGACAAUGGCGGAAAACAACAGCAAAGACCUCUUGGAGCUGGAGGCCAAGCCAGCCGGCGUCUCCUCCGCCUCAAACUUAGAAUCAAAACUCUUUGUAUGCAAGAAAGAUUUCCCUUUAGCUCCUUCUGAUGCUUCUCGUCAGAAGCCCACCAUGGCUCCGCUGCCCAAGAGCCAAUUUCUGGGGAAGGUGAAGGACUUCUUAGGAGUUCUAUCAGAAUCGAACAAAAAACUGAUGGAGGAUGCAAAGGAACGCCCCGAUAGCUAUGAUAUUGAAGUGAUCAGUGGAGACGAGUCUAAAUACAUCGAGAUGGAUCUCAUGCUGGGCAUUGCUGAUCUUCACACCCCGGAGGCCGUUGCUGCAGCCGAGUCUGCAAUGGCCGGUUAUCAACCACCAGUUCGUAUGGCGGAAAGCAGCAGCGGGUCAGAAGACGAAGAUAGCAGUGAUGACGAAGAUGAUGCAGAGGAAGACGGGAAUCACGAACAAGAUACUGAAGUUGGCUCAGAAUCUUUGAAGCUCGGGUUGAAGGUAGGAGAUUCUUCGUGUCAAGAAUCGAAGAAACAGAAGCCUAAGAAGCGCCCCAAGAUCGUCGAGCUCGCGUAGAAUGUGUUGCAGAAGCCAUAUUGCCAGAUUAUGCAGCAAACAUCUCAAGAAUUGACACUGUUUCAGCUAAAGCUAAGCUGCUGAUCAUUCUUGAACAUUUUUUUUCCAAGUUUUGGUUCAAUUUUAUGUAAGAUGUGUAACUAAAGAAUGCUUGAUUUCUUUGUUGGAAUCUUGAGUUUUUAUGUAUGAUUUAGACAA